AUGACAUCGACCCUCACCAGUCUCCAUAACCGAAUACUAGUCAAGCAAGUUGACCAAUAUGGCAACCUGCAACCAGUCUCUGCUCUCGAAAAUAACUCAAUCAGGCCAGUUCCGGUCAGAGACCGAACAUGGACUCAACUGACUUACGCCCUGUUCUGGUUUUCGGCCACAAGCAAUGUUAGCAACUUAUACGCCGCGUCGACUGGCAUGACGGAGGGCCUCACCAUGUGGGAAGCUAUCGUGUGUUCUCUCAGUGGCCAGUUUUUAGCUGGAUUUCUGAUAGCUGUGAACGGCCGUGCCGGCGCGAUCUAUCGUAUCCCCUUUCCUGUUCUCUGUCGUUCGUCUUUUGGCACUUGGGGUGCGAUAUGGCCUACUUUUAAUCGUGCCUGUAUGUCGAUUGUUUGGAAUGGUGUAAAUUCCGUUCAGGGAGCUCAAUGUCUGUACGUCUGUUUGCAUGCCAUUUUCCCUUCGAUUGAGAACAUCCCGGAUAAAAUGGGCACAAAAUCUGCAUUGACAUCGGCACAAAUGAUGUGUUUCUUCAUAUACUGUAACGGAAAGGCUUAUGAUUAUGAUAGGAUUCUUAAUUGCGCCUUCCUCGUCAUCCCCGUUCCCAAGAUGAAAGGUCUUGUAUACGCUAAAGUAGCCAUCUUUUUUUCCGCAGUCUUCGGUAUGAUAGGCUGGACAGUCUGCCUCGCUGGCAAUCCUACAAGCGCUCUCAAUCAACCAUCGACUGUCAGUGGAUCUACGAAGAGCUGGGUGAUCUGUAAAUUCUUAUUUCUCGGCCUCGCUAGCUGUGGCACGUUUAUUUCAAAUGCAGCUGAUUUCCAGCGGUACGCCAAGAGGCCCAACAACGUAAUCUUAGGUCAGGUCAUUGGCUUCCCACUCUCAAAUUUCAUCGUUGCUGUUUGUGGGAAUGUGAUUGCGGCUGCUGGGAAGGGCAUUUUUGGAGAGCUGAUCUGGAACCCAUUGACUCUUCUCGACAAACUCAUGGAAGGCGAGAGAUAUACUCACGCUAACCGCGCUGGUUGCGCUUUAAUUUCGCUUGCAUUCGUCUACGCCUCGAUUUCUUCAGCGAUAUUUGAGAAUUCUAUUCCAGCUGGUAAUGAUAUUGCUUCAUUGUUACCUAAGUACAUUACAAUAAAACGCGGGUUUUUUAUCUGCGCAGUUCUUUCCUAUGCCAUCUGCCCAUGGUACCUUCUUUCAUCUGCCGCCGUCUUCAUCAACUUCCUUUCCUCCUAUCAAAUCUUCCUCUCCGCCAUAGCUGGUAUCUUAAUCUGCGACUACUACCUCAUACGUAGAGGUUACUUGGAUAUCCCACUACUUUAUAUCGGAAGUCAGAAGGAAAAUUAUUAUUACUAUACCUACGGCUUCAACAUUCGCGCUUUUGUAGCUUACCUGGUCCCUGUCGCUAUUCAUUUCUAUGGAUUUUUAAACCAGUUGGGGGUGAGUGCGCCUAUGGGGAUUCAAAGGUUUUAUUACGUGGCAUACCCUACUGGGCUUCUGAUUGCGUUCGGACUGUAUUAUCUUUUUUGUAUUUGGUUUCCUUUUUCGGGUAUGGUUGAUAAGGCUCUAGGGUGGAAAGAGCCGCAAGAUUAUUCGGAUGAAAAUCAUUUAGGGAGAAUUACUGAAGAAGGGAUUGUGAGCGAUGGUGUAGAUGUGGUGACGCAGGAAGCUAAUGUUGAAAAGGGACAAGAUGCUUCUGAGAAACGGAUUUUCUGAGGGAACUUCUUUUUUGCUGUUCAUACUUUUAGG